AUGGCAGUAUCGCUCGAUCCGGAGUCAAUUCAGGUGCCCGCUGCAGGAGGUGAAAUCACGCUACAGCUGAAGAACAGCAGCGCUGAGGGUCGCUAUGCCUUCAAGGUCAAGUGCACCGACAACGAUCAUUACCGUGUCAACCCCGUAUUCGGUUUUGUCGACGCGUCCGGUAAUGCUGCGGUUCUUGUGCGUCGAACGGAAGGCCCUCCGAAAGCUGAUGGUCGUCUGGAAGUUCACUUCAUUCCUGCUCCAGCAGAUGCUACCGAAGCAAAGGCGCUGUUUCCUCCUGGAAGUUCGUCGGAGUUCAAACUGAACGUGCCGUUGAUCGCGGAAUAA